CGACCACGACGGCAUGGAUAAUGACAACGAGGCCUACAUUCUCCUGCUUCUAUCAGACAGUAAUCUACCAACAGGUUCCUUUGUUGCAUCAGCGGGCCUGGAGUCUUACGUGACGCACGGAUUCUUGUCUUCACCACCUUCAUCUCAUUUGCGCGAUAGAUUGGGCGCGACUAUGGACUUCGUACGCGACAGCCUAGCUGCCUAUGCGAGAAGUGCACUGCCUUUCGUCUCGGAUGCCCACCAGGCUAUGAAGACGCUCUGCGAUACCGAACUACAUGCGUUCGAAGAGAUGCUGGAGAGCACGCUUGUCCGCAUCAAGAAUCUGGACAAUCUCUAUGAGGCUAUGACACUGAACCAAGUUUCACGGCGAGCAUCGAGGUCGCAGGGUGUGGCACUGUUGACUUUAUACUCGAAAGGCUUCGCGAGGCCACCAUCCCUCGAACGACAUUUGGACAACUCCGAUCUGGCGGACGACCGUCAAACACGUCGCGAGAGCUUUGCAGGCAGGUUCAUGGGCAGGCUGAAGCUGGAAAUUAGAAGGGAGGACACUCAAGGACACCUGCCUGUAUGCUGGGGUGUCCUCACAAGCUCGCUAGGACUUUCGCUGGAACGCAGCCAAUUCCUGCAUCUAUUCUUGCACGCUCGCAGUCUGCUCUCAGCCUCCGUGCGACUCAACACAGUUGGUCCUUAUGCUGCACAACAGCUCCUUUUGCACGGCGUCCGACCCUUGGUGGAGACCGAAGCAGCACGCUGCAGGAACCUCCGGACAGGAUACGAAAGCGCAGCGUCGGAAAAAGCAGCAUUCGAUGAGACCGGGCAAGGUCCAGCAGUCACCUGGCCAUUGGGCGAGAUCCUCGCCGCCCGACACGACCUGCAGCACUCGCGAAUCUUCAACAGCUGA